AUGAAGAAAGCAAUUGAACUCGUGUUUCCUAACACUCGUCAUAGAUGGUGCUUGUGGCAUAUAAUGAAAAAAAUACCUGAGAAGUUACAAGGGUAUGCCGAUUACAAAGAUAUCAAAAGAGAACUUAAGCAAGUUUUGUACAAUUCUAAUUCGGUUCACAGUUUUGUUUACGGGUGGGAAAAAAUGAUAACAAUAUUUUCACUACAAACAAAUGAAUGGUUGUAUUCACUUUAUGAAGAACAAAGCAGGUGGGUUCCUUGUUACCUGAGAAACACUUUUUGGGGUGGCAUGUCAACAACUCAAAGAAGCGAGAGUAUGAAUGCAUUUUUUGAUGGAUAUAUUAACUCCCAAACUACUCUUCAAGAAUUUGUUAAACAAUAUGACAAUGCACUACAACACAAGAUAGAGAAAGAAACCCAAGCUGACUUCACCUCGUUAAACACAACUCUUCCAUGCGGGUCACAAUCACUCAUAGAGCGACAGUUCCAAAGGCAUUACACACAUGCUAAGUUUGCUGAGAUACAGUCCGAAUUUAGAGGUAAAAUUAAUUGUUUUGUUGAUGGUGUUGUUGUUCAGGAUAACUCAUCACUUUACAGAGUAACAGAGGACUCCAUUCAUAACGAUUCAAGGGAAGAGAGGGUAUUCAUUGUUACAUUUGAAAGAGAGACCGUAACUGUCAAUUGCAGUUGUUUGCUUUUUGAGUUUAGGGGCAUUAUUUGUAGUCAUUGUGUGUGUGUGCUGGCCCAAGAGCGAGUAACAGAGCUCCCUUCUAAGUACAUACUCACAAGAUGGUGUAAAAAUGUCCAUAGAAAGCACACGUAUAUUAGAGCUACACACAGCAACAGAGAAAAGGAUCCUCAUAUUCAACGGUAUGAUCACUUAUGCAAGACUUUUGGAGAUAUUGCUGAGAUUGCAUGUGAGUCAAUAAGCAUGACAGAAUUAUUGCUUCACAACCUUAAAUCAUUUGUGAACGACCAUGGCCUACAAAUUACACCUUCACCAAACCUCAACAACAAUACUAACCAACAACAAGACGACUUCCAUGACAAUAACAUAGGUGAUGAUGUACACACAAAUACAAACAAUGUUAGCAUCGAAAGCCCUAAAGUUGUCAAGCGCAAGGGUCGACCAAGGACAAAGAGGUUGAAAUCCACAUGUGAAAGAGUAACAAGGAAGACAAAAUCAAAAAAACAAACUACUCGAUCAUCUUUUCCUAUUGCUGACACAAUGAUGGAUGGACCAAAUGCAACAUUAACCAAUAACAUUGAUGGGACACUACACACAUAUUACACAAGAGCCAACUCAAUUGAACCGGUAUCAAGUGUGCAAUCCCCUGGGUUCAUGUCACUGCUUGCAUCAUUACACAACGAGGUGCAAAACACGCAAUCGUCCACAACAAACAUGGAAAAUGAUUUUGCACAACAAGACAAUGUUUUUGUAUAA